AUGAGGGCCAAACUGAUUCCAGACCACGUUCCGAUCGUCAGAAAGAAUGGGAUUUCGUGAGCUUGUUCGGUUUACAGAGUAUAUCGUUGAUUUUAGAGCGACUUAUAACUUGAUAAAUUUUGUCAAUGGAAUGAUCGGUCCAGGUUGUUUUUCGGUGGCGAUGGCGUUCAAGCAAGGAGGACUUUGGGUAGGGUUUCAGGGUAUACCUUCAUUUUUCUCGGGAAUCGGUGGCGGAAACGUGUCUGAGCGAUUCUAAUGAUCACUCAAGAUAUCUGGCGCCACUAAAGUGGUCCCUAGAAAUGACCGUAAACGUCCGGGGCGCGUCCCGUUAUCGUUACAAGGUCCUAGAAGUUCUUCAGACUUUUCCAUUUCGGUUUCUCCGAGAGAAAUCCACCUUAAGGAUUUCCAGACAAGCUUCUUCCUGGUGUUCUUCAUCGGAACGGUUUCGACGAUCUCGAUGCACAAAAUAGUCCGCUGCUCUCAAUUAUUAGCCCGAAUGUGAGCCGAGGUUUCGCGCCAAGUCACAUUUGUUCAGUCUAGGAGAUCAGAGCCUCGACUACGGUGAAAUGGCCGCCGCCGCCUUUCGAAACAGUUUCCCAGCCAUCCACAAAUACGGAAAAGCUGCUCAGUGAGUGUUUCUCAGAUGUAGUUUUUGGAAAAUUGUAUUAUUUAGAUUCUUCGUUAACGGUUGCUUGAUAUUCUUCCAAGUUGGCGUCGCUAGUGUGGCUUAUAUUUUUUUGCUAUCGAUCAUAUUCGAGAGGUUUUUUUUUUGAAACUUUCGAAAAAAAUGUUUAAUCUAUAGUUAUAAUAAUAAUAAUAGUUUAUUCACUGCCAUUAAAAAAACGUUAAAAUAGGUCUCCCCCGCUUUUUUGAAAAAAAUAAAUUUCUGGCCUCUUUGCGCCUCUUAUCCCUCCCCUUCAUAUAAAAAUUAAAGAUUAAAGAUGGCAAACUCAGUCUAUCUAGAUUCCAAUAAUUUUCCAUGAAAAUUGAAAGAAUCCUUCAGAUUCUCGCUUAUUUCGACGUCGACAACCCAUUUUCCGACAAGGUCAUGCUUUUGUUGUAUGGAGUUCCAGCCACAGUUAUAAAUAUGCUGAAAGGUUUUUAAUGGAAUUUUUUUAAUAAAUGGAAAUAUUUCAGACAUUCGUGCAGUAACUUUUACCUGCCUCGUUGGCAAUAUUUUCAUUUUUGCCGCGAUUGGACUCAUUUUAGAGGUUCGUUUUCCGUUCUUGAGCCAGAAAAUUAAUUUGGCUAACAUUCAAGAUACACUUACUGAUAAUUUAAACUAAUUAUAUUUCAGGAGCUCAUGACCUCGAAGCACAUUUGGCAAGAACUUCCAUGGAUAACCUCGUUCGACAGCGUUGUCAUGUGCGCCGGCUCUUUGCUGUAUUCUUUUGAAGGCCAAGCCAUGGUGGGAUGAAAUCGGAAACAUCAUCUAACAUGAGCAACACUUAGGUAUUGCCAUUGGAGAAUAAACUGAAACAUCCGAGAGACAUGAACGGUUGGACGGGCGUUUUGACGACUGGUAAGAUUUUUUAUUUUACUUUUUUAAAAAGGGUUGAUGAGGGCUUUUUAUUGUUAAAAAAAAAUUAGGGACGCCAGAGUGGUCCCUAUAGGGUCAACCUCAACUUACCUCCCCUAACGGGGGCACUACAGCUUGCAAAAGUGGCCACUCUAGGGGAACUUACUAGUGAUCCCUGUACUUUUUUUUAAAUACGUAUUUCAUCUUUGAAAUCAUAAAAAAAUUUUAAAGACCACUAGAGAGACCACUCAAGCUUUAACAGCUUAGGAAUCUGACACCCAAAUUCUCUAGGAGUAAUUUUUCCCUGACCCUUCUAGGGACCACUUUGACGUUCCUAAAAAGUUAAAAAACUUGAAAAUUACUCAUGAGGCUGAAUUGAUGCCAAGAAACUUGCAGGAAUGGCUUUCGUCACGAUAAUCUACACUUACUGUGGUUUCUAUGGCUACAUUACCUAUGGAAAUGCCGUUGAUGGAAGUAUCACCUUGAAUUUACCUGAUAAUACGUUAGUUAUCUUUAAAACUUCAAUAUGAACUUCAAAAUGUUUUCAGCGUUAACAUUGUCGUCAAAAUUCUGCUGGUGUUCGUCGUCUUUUUCGGAAACGUUCUUCAAAUUUAUGUGAUCGCUGAAAUGAUUUGGCCGCCGGUGAAGAAAAGGUUAUUAAUUAUAGAAAGUUUUUUUGUUUAUUUUUGGAAUUUUCAAGAUUAGAAAAAGGGGAAACAUCGAAAUUUUUGGCUGUGGAUCGGAGAUUACGCGGCUCGAUUGAUAUGCGUGUGGGUCGCGUGUGAGUUUUUGGACCGUUUCUUGAUUUUUUGUGGGGUAUCAUAUCAAGAUUAUGUCUGAUUAAUAUAUGAUUGAUAAGGAAACAGAUAAUAAGAAAAAGGGAGGAAUGCGUGAGAAGCAUUGAAAAUGUUGAUGAAGUUUUUUUGGAAUGUUUAAUUCGGAAUGGGGUUUUGGAAAAUCCUUGAAACUUCAUAGUACUCAGCUAGAACUACGUUUAUGCGAUGCCCCGGACAAUUUUUAUCAGUUCUAGGGAUCUCUUGAGGGUUCUGAAGCAGCUUAAGUGGUCAUUAGAAAUGCUGUGACAUGUACUUUUAGUUUUACCAAGUUCCGGGUCCAAAAAAGUUUUGUUUUCGGGCCAUUUCCAGCUUUUUCUUUUUACUGAUUCUGCUGUUUCUUCCUAUUUCAACUUGUUUCCAUAAUUUUAGCAAAAAAAAAGAGAGUUUGAGUUAUAUGAAUUAUACCUUAUAAAGGCAAACAGAUGCUUUUAAUAUAGUUUUCAAGGUCCCUAAAGACUUUUACUCAUCUGCAAACCUAGCAUUUCAGUAGGUCUGGCCGUAGCAGUCCCCAACCUGCAACAGAUCAUCCCGUUCAUCGGAAUCACGGCCGGAAUGUUGCUGUCGUUGAUCAUCCCGGCCGUCCUUGACGUCGUCGUCUUUCUACCGCCGAAACUGGCCGACGGCGAGUCGAAGCUGCGGAUCUCGCUCUUCCUCGCCGAAGACGUCUUUCUUUUCGUCGUCGGUCUCUUCUUUCUGGUCUCCGGCCUCCAAUCAAACGUCAAGUCGAUGAUGCAUUCGUAG